CGUCAUUGGGCAGAUUAUGUGCAGCAAACAAAAAGUGUGCGUCUGUGUGCCAGUCAGUCACUGCAUCGGGUCCAUCUGCACCACUCGCUCCUGCUCGCCCCUCUCUCUCUCUCUUUCCCUUUCUGUCUCUCCUUCCACCUCUUUGCACAGAGCACCCAGGACAGCAGCCCUACCCUCUCCCACUGCCAUGGAAAUACACUGAUACAAUAGACACUGGGGGGGACGCGGAGAGCAGCCCAUCCUUGGCCACUGUCGGGUUUCCUGGCGUUUGGGAUUAUAUUCUGACCUGGUUCCUGUGAUGGAGGACACCGGCGUUCAAAGGGGUAUAUGGGAUGGAGACGCCAAGGCAGUCCAGCAAUGUUUGACGGAUAUUUUCACCAGCGUUUACACCACCUGCGAUAUCCCGGAAAAUGCGAUCUUCGGCCCUUGUGUACUGAGCCACACUUCUUUGUAUGACAGCAUCGCUUUCAUAGCGCUUAAAUCCACUGACAAGAGAACCGUCCCUUAUAUAUUCCGGGUGGACACUUCAGCAGCGAAUGGCUCCUCCGAAGGUCUAAUGUGGCUCCGUCUGGUCCAGUCAGCCAGAGAUAAAGAAGAACAGAACCUAGAAGCUUACAUCAAAAAUGGACAAUUGUUUUAUCGGUCCCUUCGCAGGAUCGCCAAAGACGAGGAGUUAUUAGUUUGGUAUGGGAAAGAACUGACGGAAUUACUGUUGCUCAGCACCGCCAGAUCCCACAGCAAGAUGAACGGGUCGCCCCCGCACACCUGCCUGGAGUGCAGCCAGCGGUUCCAGUUCGAGUUCCCCUACGCGGCCCACCUGCGCUUCCGCUGCCCCAAGCGGCUGCCCAGCUCGGAGCCCAGCCCCGCCGAGGAGCCGCGCGGCAAGGCCAGCGCCAAGGAGCCGGCGGCCAGCCUGGGGCCCGGGGCCACCAAACACUGCAAGCCCGGCGGGCCGCUCCGCCCGCACUACCCGGGCCCGGGCCAGGACAGCGGCACCACCAGACCCUCCACGGACUUCCACAACCUGGCCCGCGAGCUGGAGAACUCCCGGGCGGGCGGCAGCUCCCCCAGCCGGGGCGCGGGCGGCAAAGCCAAGCGCCGCUACCCGGAGGAGCCGGGCGAGGAGCGGGGCCAGGGGCGCCUGCCCUCCUCCCCCCGGGAGGAGCUGGUGUGCACCCCGCAGCAGCAGUACCGGCCCGCGGGCAGCUACUUCGGCCUGGAGGAGGGCGGCCGCCUCUUCGGGCCGCCCAGCCCGGAGACGGGCGAGGCCAAGCGCAGCGCCUUCGUGGAGGUGAAGCCAGCCUCGCGCGGGCGGGCGGCGGCGGAGGAGGAGGCGGCGGAGCAGCAGCCGCAGCAGCAGCAGCGCGCCUCGCCCGCCGGCGCCGGGGACCCGCUGCUGGGCGCCCGGCCGGGCGGGCCGCUCUCCGGGGGCAGCCCGGCGCGGGGCAGCGCCUUCACCACGGUGCCGCAGCUGGGCGAAGGCGGAGGAGCGGAAAGCGCCUUCUCCCAGCCCGCCCGCUCCGCCUUCCCGGCGCCGCUGGGGCUGGCCCCCAAGCUGGGCGGGCUGGGCGAGCCCUGCCCGGAGGCCGCCGCCCGCCUCUACCCGGCCGACCCGCUGGCCGCCAAGCUGCCGGGCGCCGCCGAGCCGCCCAAGCAGGGCCCCUUCCUCUACGCCACCGCCUUCUGGCCCAAGAGCGCGGCGGCCGGGCCGCUCCCGCUGCAGCUGCCCUCGGCCCUGACCCUGCUGCCGCCCUCCUUCACCUCGCUGUGCCUGCCGGCCCAGAACUGGUGCGCCAAGUGCAACGCCUCCUUCCGCAUGACCUCCGACCUGGUGUACCACAUGCGCUCGCACCACAAGAAGGAGUACGCCCUGGAGCCGCUGCUCAAGCGCCGCCGCGAGGAGAAGCUCAAGUGCCCCAUCUGCAACGAGUCCUUCCGCGAGCGCCACCACCUCUCCCGGCACAUGACCUCCCACAACUGAGCGGGGAUCGGGACACGGCCACGCACCCACCCCCCGGCCCGGCCCGGCCCGCCUCUGCCCAUCGCGGGGGUCACAGCAGGGGGGGGGGAUUGCAUCGUUUCCAAGCUGAUUUGGGGUGUUUCCGAAACCAGGUGGGUGAGGUGCUCGCUUUGACCUGCCUGUGAGAGAGAGACGCUUUCCAGCUUACCUAGGGUGACCAGAUAGAAAGUGUGAAACAUCCAGACUGCGUGGGGGGAAAUAGGCUCCUACACAAGAAGAAGCCCCGAAUAUGGGGACUGUCCCUAAAAAAUCGGGACAUCUGGUCACCCUAAGCUUACCCAGAGCGCUUCUUCAGCUUUUGGGGGGUUUGUUUUUGUUUUUAGCAACCCACCUGAGAUAUCAAGGUCAGAUCCGCACCUGCCAAAAUUAGCCUGCCUUCAUUGUCUUUGAUGGCGCUAUGGUAAUUUACAUCAGCGGAGGAUCUAUCUGGCCCUUGGUUGUCAGAAGGCAGGUACCUAGCACUUUCUGAUAAUCAGGCCUCUUGAAGGUGUCUCCGUUUGAACAAACACCCCAAAUCAUUAGUCACUUUUGAAAGUGUAGGCCUUUACCUUGCAGCAUACCAGACCAAGAGGGGGAAGGGUUGGAUUUUUUUUCCUCUAUCUUCUGUUCGAAUGCACGCAUUUUCACUUU